GGAGAGGCUGGAUGUAAAAAUUUACGUGGUGGCCGAGAGGGGAAGGUCAGACUGCUGGAGUCCAAGUUCAUUUUUACAGAGAAGAAGAAGAAGGAGCAGCCGAAGCAGCGGGAGGGAGGGGAGGAUGUCCUGGUCAUUCAGCUGAUGAGAGGGGACGAGGCUUGCCAUGGAGAAACUAAAAGGUCCCAACGCAGGAUGCAGCAAAGGCACCUGUGGAUGGAGAUCACUGCUUCUCCCACAGCUCAACAGACAAUCGCUGUAUGUGUACGGCAGCGAGAUCGCCGUGGAGAAGGAGUGCAUCCGCCAGCUGCAGAGCGGAGUCUUUGUCAUUCACCCUUUCAGCGUCAUGAGGAGUUACUACAUCAUGGGCAUGAUGGCCAUCACAUUUUUGAACCUCAUUGGGAUUCCCAUGGAGAUAGCGUUUCUGGACGGCAACAGCGGACUGGCUUGGGAGAGUUUCAACGUGUUCUCGGACACACUGUUCCUCAUAGAUGUGGUUCUUAACUUCAGAAUGGGUAUCAUAACGGAGGAUGCAGAGGAAGCCAUUCUGGAUCUCAAGCUGAUCCGAGCCAACUACCUGAGGACAUGGUUCAUACCAGACGUUAUAGCAGCUUUUCCCAUCGGAUACAUUCUGCUGUUUGCGGACUUACAUUACCACAGCGAUGACAACCCAUCCAAGACCAACAGGAUGAUGAGGAUUCUGAUGUUUGUGCGGAUUCUCAGCUUGAUCCGGCUGGCUCGAGUGUCCCGACUGGUCAGGUUCUUCAACGAAGUGGAGAAAGUUUCAAAUGCAAACCUGGAGGUGGUCCGCCUCUUCUUCCGCGUCUUGUCUCUUUUUAUGAUGAUUUUCCUGCUGUGUCACUGGAACGGCUGCAUCCAGUACUUUGUACCAAUGCUGGAGGAGUUCCCCUCUGACUGCUGGGUUCGGAAAGAAAACCUGAUGAAUGCCACAGUCAUUGUAAAAUACUCUUGGGGGGUGUUUCGAGCUCUCUCCCAGAUGAUUGCUCUCUCUUACGGCUCCAUGGACGCGCCAACAAAUUAUGUUGAGCUGUGGAUCGUCAUGGUCAGCAUGGUGUCCGGCUGUCUCAUGUACACUGUCCUUGUGGCCAACGCUACGGCCAUGAUCGCCAACGUAGACCCGGCGGCCAAGGAAUACAAGAGCAAGAUGAGUCGUUUGGAGCACUACAUUGCCUUCAUGAAGCUGCCGCCGGAGCUGCACCUCCGCAUUAACAACUACUACCAGGCUCGUUACGGAGGGAAGUGGUUUGAUGAGAAGGACGUCAUGGACACGAUGUCCUCAGCACUAAAAGAGCAAAUCCUGAUGGUGAUGUGCAGCCGACUGCUAAGAAAAGUGCCAAUGUUCAAGGACCGAGAUGAAAACUUGAUCAAUACUAUCCUGCCCAAACUGGAGUAUGAAGUGUUCCAGGAAGGAGACGUCAUCGUUCGUCAGUACGUCCCCGGUGACCGCAUGUUCUUCAUCGACCACGGCGAGGUUCUCAUGGAGACAGAUUCCUACGAGAGAGAGCUGUGUGAUGGAGACUACUUUGGAGAGACAUGUGUCCUGACCAAAGGCAAACAUCUGGCCACAGUGAAGGCGGUGAUUGACUGCCAGUGCUUCUCUCUGUCGUAUAAGGAUUUACAGGAUGUGCUUGAGGGCUUUCCAGAAGUGAAGAAAGACCUAGAAAACUUGGUACAGCUCGACCCUGAUGAACUUCUUUAGGAUCAGACACAGCGCCUGAACUUUUGACGUCACGAGGAGGACAGAAGCCAUGCAAUUCCAGGACAUUUUAUGCACUUGAGUGACGGUGAUGCUCUCAUGUGGAGUCCGAUUAGGGAUUAUUCACUGAUGAAAUGGACAAUUAAGAGCAUCUUUUUAAUCUGGGAGUGGUUCUCUUUUCUGAUGCAUCAUAAGCAAUAAAAAAAGACUUCAACAGAAAAGACAGUAGGACAUUUGGUCUGAGCCUCCUUUGUUGAUGAGGUUGCAACUUAGCAACUGUUGUUUUGACAGUUGAAAGAUUGUGCAGGCAAAAAAAUUGUGCAAAAAUGGUUCUGGCUGCUCCUGUCAUUUCUGGUUCAAGGGAAAGCACUCUUUCUUGUUUUCCUCAUGCCAGACACAUUUGUCUCGGGUGGUGAAACGUCUUAAAUUCAAGGACUGCACCUGCAAAAUCAUCACCUAGGAGCAAGGCUGGCGUCAGAGAAUAAAGCUCUGUGACAUUUCCAGGAAUCAAUAUCAAUGACAAAUAUGUGUAAUCUUAACAUUUGUGAGUCAACUACUCAGUGUUGCAAAGGUUUUAUUUUGUGCUAAACAAUGUCCUUUUGGAAAGCUUUGUUUCUAACUAGAUGUUUUUCUCGCUUGACCUAAUAAAGCCAUAGGUUUAUUUAAACCAUGAGUAAGCAAUAGAAACAAAAACAAUAAUAAUAAUGAAUAAAUUGUUUCAAACAUGACUUACAUGAAAUUGUAACUGGAACUUGGAAAAGGAAAGUUACCCUAGCAAAAGUCCAGAUGGGCCCCUGUUUGGUGCUUAAUGACGGUUGUGCAGGACAAAACAAGUAAUGAGUGUCAGUGUUAUGAGAUGAAAAUUCAGAUUUUAGUCGGAUUGCUGGCAGGUUUUGGGGCAAAUUCUUUUUUGGUGUAUGCUUUAUGUGUGACCGGACCUCUCCUGCAGGGCCACCAAGGCUCUGCAGGACCUGAAGCUGCACUUUACUGGUCAGCAGAGGCUAUGAAGCUCCGUAUAACACUUAAGGAACUCUCCUGGCAUUACGUCAAAAUAAUAUCCCACUAUAUAACAUCUCUCUGUUUUUAUUAGUAUAGAAUUUGGUCAAAAUAAAAGUUACAUUUUCAUUACCUUAGAAUGAGCUUUUCCCCCCCCAAGGACAACACUGUUGUGUUGAUCUUUUGAUGGUUUAUGUCUGCCUGUGAGAGAGACCUGAGUAAGCAAGUUUCUUUUGGUGAGGGACCAAAUAGAAGAGGGCAAAGUGAAGGCUUAAAAUAGCUUUUAAAUUAAAAUAUGUUUGAAAACACACUUUUACCCCCGGGGAGUACCAGAUGGGGUGAUUAAAACAUAAGACUGCCAUUAAAAAGGUUGAAUACACAGAAAUCCUGAAACAGAUUGAAAUUUCACUUGUGAGACUACCAUGCAAUAUGUUUGGUAUUAUGAAACAGAAGAGAAGAAGAUUAAGACUUAUUUAGAGGUUAGAAGAAGUCAAAAUGAAGGACUGUUCAGUAGAUUGUGAUUAUUCACAAGGGAAUAGGCAAGGAGAUGAUAUAUCAAUAACUUACAACAGUAAAGGUGGGAAAUGUUCAUCAGUCAAUAUGUAUACUGUUUCAUGGUAUGUCCUGAUUAUCUGCAGCCAGCCGCCGACUGAUUCAUUACUCAUUAUUUAUAAUCAUGUCUACAGCAAGGCCAGAGUCGAUGCAGAUGGAUUUCAGAGCGGUUUUGUAAGCAGGAUUUUAAAACUAGCAGGGCUAAUGUCAAAAAAUCUGAUGAGGAAGUGAGAAAUGUGAGAAACUUUGUUGAUUGUUUCUGUUUUUUAUUUACCAGUAAAGUGCCCUCAUGGCUUUUCUUGUAAAGUGGUGCAACUUAUAUCAACUGAAUUCCACUUGAUGCAGCUUACUUAAAAAAAUUAAAAAGAGCAUUAAUCUUGGUCACAUUUACUCUGGUCAGCACGUUUAUGACUAUUUCAUGACUAUACGGGGAACUCUGACCUCUUUUUGUCUCCUCAGGUGAAGCACCAUCAGCCAAAACGGCCGUUUACAGCUUUAAUAGGCGGUUAUGAAUGCACAAACUUAACAUGACCCAAUCUAAUGCAUCAUUAUCUCCCGUACAGUAUUACAACAGACCUAAAACUGAUCAAGCUGCAAGCUUGUUUUGUUUUUUGUUUGUUUGUUCGACAAUUUCAUUCCUUUUGUGAAAGUUUAUGCAAUU